GCAGUUGGGUGGCUAAACGCGAGUUACUUGAGGUCCUAACUCCACGUCAAAAGAAAGAAGGGAAGAAAUCUGAGAAUUGGAAGUCGGGAGAUGGCUAUGGUUCUUCUUGUACCCAGUUCGCCCCUCUUGGCAAAAGCUGCUGUUAUUCGUGUUUCGUGCUUCUCUACUGCUAGUAAAAUUGAAGCAAGAAAAAACAAGUCUCCUUCGCCCAGGCUGUUUGAUAAGCUGUUCCUUAGUCUAUUCCGGAACAAAAUGGUACAGGAGACUGGCUGGGACUCUGAAAAGCCUGGCUACGACGGUCUAAUUGAAGUGGCCCAUCGUCUCGCCCUUGCUCAAAACAAUUCCCAAACUAGAGACGCCUCGGUUCGGAUAUUGAGAUCAUUAUUUCCUCCUUUGUUGUUGGAGCUCUACCGGAUGCUUGUUGCACCUAUAGAUAGUGGUAAAUUUGCAGCCUUGAUGGUCGCAAGGGUCACUGCAUUAUCCUGUCAAUGGCUUAUGGGUCCAUGCGCUGUUAAUUCCGUGGAUCUUCCUAAUGGUUCCUCUUUGAUGAGCGGGGUUUUCGUGGAGAAAUGCAAGUACUUGGAAGAGAGCAAAUGUGUGGGUGUAUGCAUUAAUACAUGUAAACUCCCUACACAGACUUUCUUCAAGGAUCACAUGGGAGUUCCACUGGUGAUGGAGCCAAACUUCACUGAUUAUAGCUGUCAGUUUAAAUUCGGGAUUCUUCCUCCUCAGCAAGAAGUUGACAACGCUCUUAAAGAACCAUGCUUGGAGAUAUGCCCCAAUGCUGUUCGUCGAAAAGAAAUGAACUACAACAUGGAUGCACCCAAGUGUCCAAAAGCAUGAAAUCUGCUCAUUUUCCUGUUAAUCUCUUAAUUAUCCUGUUAUUAUACUAUUUUGAGUACUAUUGCUAGGUCUAGUUAAUGUGACGACAAAAUGAUAUUUCAUCCAUGUUAUGAAUAAUUUUAUUCCUAAACAACACGAAGAACUUCUUGAUCCUCUCUAACAA